AUGCCUCAGUCCUUUACAAUGCUGCAGCCUGAAGGGGAGACCAUAGUGGAGGUCAAGAGGAGUACUGGUGGAAAAGCAGACGAUACCACCCUACAGCUGUCAGCCAGAGCUGCAAUCGUCGACGAGCACCUGGACUCAUGCAUCGGUGCGCUUGAAAGCUCUACAUCUACGGUGUCAUGCUUUGGGCGGAAGUACUCUUCCGUAGAGACAGCUCAGAAAAUAGCAGUUCUGGAGCGCGAGCGUCAGAACUUGCGGCGCAUCCUGCACGACAUCGUCGACCUUGCGCGCACCCACAGCUCCGAGGCGGAAGCGCUAAGGAGUCGCUUAACAGAAGCAGAAAAGGCCUUGUUAGCGGCGCGAUUACCGCCGUCUGGUGACCUGGUCAGCGACCUACAAAGGCAAAUCCAGGACCUCACCUCCGAGUACCAAGGCAUCACAGAGAAAGCAGAGUUGGAGCUUCGCAGACUCGAGUCGGAGCUUGGCCGGGUGGAGGCGGCUCGGGAGGCUGCGCUAGCCGAGAGCCAGGAGAAGUCCCGGGAGAUUCGAAGCUUCCAGAAGCGUUACGACACACUGAAGAGCAUCGCUGAAUCCCACCGAGAGGCAGUUAUGGUCGCUAAAAAACAGGCUGAUGAGCCACCUGUCAACCCCAUCAGCAUCUGCGAGCAUCAUCGAGCAUUUGAUCCCAGCUACCUCCGCUACCCUCGCUUCCCUCAGACCGCUGCUAGUCACGCAAAGGCGAUGGAGGCGCAGACAAGGCGGAUCGCAGAGGCACGUGCCGGACGGGAAGCCGCCCUGGCGGAGCUGGAGACGCUGCGACGGGAGCAUGCCGCCCUGCACGAUGCGUUCGUUCGCGCCGGCGGCGUCGACCACCAGAUUUCCAUGGUUCGAAAGUCCUUUCUCACUCGAAGCAACGCAGGUAGCUGCAGCAGCGGCGGCGGCAGCGGCGGCCGCGUACGGAAUCUGCUCAAGGGCCGCCAUGGCUGGUGCGUGCACGCUCGGCCAUGCGGCGGCGGCGGAGCUGGCGGCGCCGGCGGCGACACCACCAAGCUGACGCCGCUGUCAUACGAUAGCCAGGCGGCCUUGGAGUCGCUGAUCAAAGGAGGGGAGCUGUUCCUGUGUCCUACUUGUCUCGCGAACGGAAGCUUCCGGACGCUGUGA